AGAGUGCGCCAUUCAAAUUUCGUCUCAGUUUUCACACUUUGUGUUGUCAAGCAGCCGUCGCAGAGCGGCCGUGGCUAUGGCGGCUCUGCUCCUUCUUCCGGCCUCUGCGAGCACCUCCCUGUGCUCGAGUCGGAGUUGCACGUCCGGUGUUGACGUGCCGGAGAGGGUCGUUGUGAGCGCACGGAGCGGUAGGAGAAACGAGGCUUGUUUCGCAGUGUCGACAGUGCGGUGCGAGUAUGGGCGGAGGAGCGGAGAUGCGACCAGUUUUACCAGAAGAGUGCUCACGUUUUGUACCUAUGGGGACGAUAAGGGUCGUCCUGGAAGUAGCCAUGUUGGAAUGUUUGAAGGAAGUGGUGACGUAAUUGGAGCUGGGUUGGAUAGAGGGAACGGUAGUGGUAAUGGGAAGCCUGGGGGCGGUGACGGUGGUGGCGGUGGAGGAGGGGACGGUGAUUCAGAGGAGGAGCGAGAGUUUGGGGUUAUGCUGAACUGGGAGCAAGUGGUGAAGGAGUUGGAAGCGAAGGGGAUCACCUUGCCUGCGGACAUGGUUGAGGCCGCUCAGACCACUGGUAUUCGGAAGCUGCUUCUUGAACGGUACAUUGCUCUGCAGGGAGGCAGUUGGGGAUCGCUUGUGAGUAGUAACGCGAUGCUGCGGAACCGGCUCUUGGCUGACCCUAGUUUUGUGUUCAAAGUGUUCACUGAGAUCGCCAUCGAUUCUGGAUGUGCUACGUUUGCUGAGGUUCAGAAAAGAGGAAAAGAUUUCUGGAAUGAAUUCGAGCUUUACCUUUCAGAUCUUGGAGUGGGCAUUGUAUUGGACAUUGCGCUUGUUGGGAUGUUAGCACCAUAUGUAAGUUUCGGAAGGAGCGCAACUGGAGUGGGCUCUAGAGCACGCCUUUCUCGUGCCAUUCAAGCCUUGCCGAGUAGCAUUUUUGAAGCUGCACGACCCGGCAGAUCGUUCAGUGUACAGCAAAGAGUUGCCGCAUUCGUUUACAAGGCCGUGCAGUACGGAGUCACAGGGUUUGGUUGUGGAGUUGUAGGCCAGGGCAUCGCAAGCUCGAUCAUGACCCUCAAGAGGAAGUACAGAAAGCCAAACCACGACGAGGAGGUUGCUGUGCCUCCAAUAUUCAAGAGCGCUGCAUUGUGGGGUGUUUUUAUGGCUCUAUCAUCGAAUACGAGAUACCAAAUUAUCAACGGUCUGGAACGUGUGGUUGAAGGGUCUGCAGUUUCAAGACGAGUACCGCCCGUCGCCCUUGCUUUCACAGUUGGAAUUCGAUUCGCAAACAACAUUUACGGUGGCAUGCAGUUCGUCGAUUGGGCUCGCAUGGUUGGUGUUCAGUAAGCGUCCUGCGCUCACGCUAAUUUCCUUACACCUGCCAAGCAAUUCCUGAACUCAAUUUUUACGAAUUUCACGGCCUUCCUGUGGAGCACAAUGAGGGCCCAUUUCAAAACGAGUGCGCCUGAUAUGAACAGCCUCAGCAGUGGUACUGGGUAUGUGUAGAGCAUUUCAGGACCAUGACUAAGGAGAAUUUCGGUUGUGGCUUCAGCUUUCAGAAAGCGUAACGCACGUUCCUUUGUGAGGCAAAGGUUUAGGGUUUAGGAUCAGGUCGUAUAGGCUGGCUCCAGUUUCUGAUUUUGGAGCGCCUGUCUCUUCUUUGGCGUCUUUCUGGAUAGUAUGAUUGGAUGCUCUCCAGUGUAUUAGUCGCAAGCUUAGACUGGAGAACUUUCUCUUUGUGCACCGCUGUUGGUCGAAUUCAGGUGGAUGACCUGUGCAGGAAUUGUUCUAUCCAACGUUGCAGUACAAUAUGGAUAGUGACUAUGGUUUCACAUUAGAAUAUGAAUAUGAGGAGUUUGUAAUCCAUUAAUUCUAGAGGAAUUGAAGCUCCAAGACUAUCUUAGGUAACAAAGACUGACUCUAAAGGUUGUAUGCGGCGUUACCUGAAUAUGAAUCGGCUGAGGGGUCCAAUCCGAAGUAAAAUUCCUGCUUUGUCUUCA